AUGGACUCCUCCCACACUCUUUUGACAGAGCCCGCACGACUUGAGCAGCGACAGACUGCUUUCGACAAUGGCGAUCAAAUGACAUCCUCCUCAGCCAAGCAAAGCACACAUAUCGACGACAAAGAAUCAGAUAUGGAGAAAGGCAUCUUCAAUGGAGAAGACCUGGACAUCUCAGCUGCAGCCGAGAGCAUUGAGAGCAAGAAGGAGGAGGCUCAGAAUACCGCAGUGAUGCCGAAUGAGAAGGAGAAAGAUCCCAAUCUCGUCGGAUGGGAAGGCGAACUGUAUGGCCGUCGAACCCCGCUCUUCAUCGGCUACUUCAUCUUUGCAAUUUUCCAGAUUCCCGUCGCCGUCGCCCGUAACGUCGAAACAAUCAUGCUCUUCCGAUUCCUCCAAGGCGUCUUCGGCGCGUCAACGAUGGCUAUCAUCGGGGGUGCACUCGCUGACUUCUGGGGCCCCGUGGAGCGAGGACUUGCGCUCGGACUAUUCACUGGGGCAGUAUUUAUCGGGCCAGUAGCAGGCCCAAUUGCAGGUGGCUUCAUCGUCAUGAACAACAACCUAGGCGGGUGGAUCUCCGAAAUAUCGCCCAGCGGUACCUUCUCCGCCCUGCUGCGAUCCUACCCCAUCGCUUUUCAAGAGCAACGGCAUUGGAAUCUUGGUGUUGGGGCACUCCCCUUCUUAGGUAUCACCGUCGGCGUUUUGAGUGGGGUGGCGAUUGUAGUCUAUGCAUCACAAACCCGCUUCAAACGCAAAAUGAUCGCUAAUGGCGGCAAACCUAUUCCCGAGGAGCGUCUUCUGCCAAUGAUCCUCGGCUCCAUUCUCCUCCCCAUCGGGCUCUUCUGGUUCGCAUGGACAAGCAGUCCAUCUGUGCAUUGGGCGGCCCAAGUCUUCGCCGGCAUCCCGAUUGGCUUGGCCGUCGAGCUCGUCCUCCUACAAGGCAUGUCCUACCUCAUCGACGUCUACCUCAUGUACGCCAAUUCAGCUCUUGCCGGCAAUACUUUUGUCCGCAGUUUGUUCGGAGCUGGAUUUCCAAUGUUCGCAGCAGGAAUGUAUCAUAACUUGGGUGUCAAUUGGGCAACAAAAAAUCAGGGGUUGGAGUAA